ACGCCCCUUAUUCUGGCAUCGGACAUGAACCACCCACAGGUAGUCAGGAUACUGCUCGAGGGCGGAGCGAAGGUCGACCAGCAGAAUGUUGCAGGUUCGACUCCCCUCAUCUCGGCAGCACGCAAAAACCACGGGGAUAUUGUGAAGGUCCUACUCGACCACCAGGCAGAUGUGAACAGACAGACGCGCAAAUUUGGACACUCGGCGCUUAUCAUGGCAGCCUUCCACGGCAACCUCGGCGUCACUCAGGACCUGCUUGCCAAGGGCGCGCAGGUCGACCUCCCGAACAAGGCCGGAAAUACGCCUCUUAUUCAAGCAGCGAAGGAGAAUCACCUAGAAGUUGUUAAGUAUUUGCUCGGUCAAGGCGCCGCCAUCGACCACAAGAAUAAUGAAGGCACGACCGCCCUCAUCUGGACCGCAAACAGAAACCACACCGAAGUAGUCAGACAUCUCCUGGAGGCUGGCGCUGACCCUAAUCUUCAGAAUUUGAGUGAAGGAGACACGGCGCUCGACUGGGCCGCCUUCCUGGGGAACACGAUCAUGGUUCAAGACCUGCUGAAGGCCGGGGCUGCGGCCAACGUGACGGACCUCGCUGGAAACACGCCGCUCGUGCAAGCAGCUCAAGGAAACCGACCUGCAGUGGUGAAAAUGUUGCUUGCGCUUGGAGUCGACUUAGAUCACCGGAAUAAGGAUGGGAACUCUGCUCUCGCCUGGGCAGCCUUCAACGGACAUCCUGUUAUAAUUGAGGAUCUGGUGAACGCCGGAGCGAACAUCAACAUCACAAAUAAUCAUGGCAACACCCCGCUGGUUCUGGCCUCGAAGAUGAAGCACCUUGACAUCGUGAAACUUCUGCUGGAUCGAGGAGCCACGGUGAACCAGCAGGACAACCUUGGCAAAAACUGCAACACGGUCGGGACGCCGGUCGGCACGUGCGUCUCAUCAGCUGACUGCACACGUCUGAACACGUUAUUGCCAGCAGAGAGUGUAAACAACAACACGACCAGGACGGCGAAUCUGCUCGUGAAUUUCGCUUGCGGCAGUGUGGAUGGUGCUAUCCAGGUGUGCUGCCCACGAGAAUAAUAUCUUCCAUGUAGUCCCACUGAUGUCAUAUUUCCAAAAACUAAGAGAAGAGAAGAAAUGUGUUUCGGUGAAUUUUAGAAUGUACAGUGAUCUGGCAGUGACGAUGUUGUUGAUGGCUGUGUGCUUAUAAGUGUUUUUUUCUAAGUGUGAUGUAAGAGGGAUAUGUAUUUUUGGUGUUAAUAUGAUAGAAAAAAGGUGAUUGAUAAUAUGUAAUUAUUACACACAUAAUAGUCAUAAUAUAUAGUUGUGUAU